UGAAUUGCAGUCCAAAAAUACGAAUAUGUCUCCACCUCCCCCAGUUGGCUUAUGCCUCGAUAUGUGUUCAGAACAAGAGCGCAGAGAACGAGAGCGACAUAGACGACUUCAUCCCUUAGAAAUUCAGAAUGGACAAUUUGAGAGAAGAAAUUUCAGACAGGGGAGCCAUCCUUUUGCUGACCCUGGUAGGACUGUUAAAGAGUACAGUCGCCCUGCUGCAGGGAGAGAACUGUCUUCACCAAGAGACCUGCGACCUCCUGCAACUCUUCUCAGAACUGUUGAAUACCUGUUAAUGGAAGUCUGGGAGCAAGUUAAUGAACAAGACCCUAAAUCUUUGUCCUUGGCUUACCCUUUUGUGUUUGACCGGCUCCGAGCAGUAAGGCAAGACUUGACAGUCCAGAGGAUAAGUGGUACUGAAGGAGCUUCUGUCCUUGAAGGAAGCCUUGGCUUCUUGCUUUGUGCUCCUUACCUGGUGAGGGACCUGCCACUGGAAGAUUAUUGUGAAACCCUCCAUUCAACACAGGUGCGGGAAAGCUUUGCUGAAUUGAUGGAAUGUUACAGCAGAGGUGGAAGAUUCCAAAGACAAGCUGAAUUUCAAGCUCUUCUUCUUCUUUAUGAUUUGGGUAAUCUGGAUGCCAUGCACAGGACUUUGCAACUUCCCUGUAGUAUUAAAAAUUCUCCAGAAGUCUGCUUGGCCCUUGCUAUAAAUAGGAGCUACCUAGAGAAGAACUGGGUGAGGCUCUUGCGUCUGGUCCGCCAACUUGACUGCCUACAGGCCUGUGCUUUCUACCGCCAUCUGCCUGAUUGCCGCAGCCAAGCAAUACGCACUUACACACAUGCGUACAGCAGCCGAAAUUGCAGCUUCCCGCUUGGGCAUCUUACCUGCCUCCUAGCAGUCGAUAGUCCUUUCAAGGUUAGCGAUCUGUGCAAGAGGCGGGGACUGGUGGUUACCUCCGGAGAAAGUGAAUUUGUCUUAUUCCACAAAGCCUCAUUUAAAGAUGUGGAUCUGGAGUGCCCAGGAAGAGAGAUUCAACUAGUGGAAAUGAAGAAAGAUGAUGUAUCUUGGGCUGAAGUGAUGAUUGGGCAGGAGAUGUGCCCUGUGUGACAUU